AUGGCCUGGAUCGAGCGAAACGGCGGCAAAUACUCUGCGAAGGUCAACAAGAGCGUGACCCACCUCAUCGCCAGUAAAGAGGCAUACAAGAAACCCGCCGACGCUGUACAACAAGCCACCGACCUCGGCAUUCACGUAGUCAGCUAUGACUGGUUCGACGACUCGUUACAAGCGAAGAAGAAGCUUGGUACUAGGAAGUACACGUGGGAAGUGCUUAUGAAAGAGAGGAGGAAGAAGAAAGAGCUCAAGAGGAUAGGUACUCUGGCGGAUGGCAGUAAGUUCAGGAAAGGUUGUGAGAACAUCGAAGGGUUGACUGGAUCAGGUACGUCGAAGACAUCUCCCGUUGUUGCGAGAAAGCCAAGGAAGAGCAAGAGUUUCUUCUUUGCCACGUCUGCCCCGGCUGUUGCACCCAUCCCUUUUGUUUCUGCAAAAGAAGACCUCUUACGUAGGAGGGCAGAAAGAGCAGCUGCAUUGACUGAGGGUACUGGAGCUGGAGCUUGUGAGGGCCAGGCGAAGAACUCGGUUGAAGUCAUUGACGACACUCCAAGCCCGGCCAGCCAAUCUCCAAAGCCUGCCGCUCUUAUCCAGACACCUCCCAAGAAAUCCAAGCCCCCUGGUACCUCCAAGAAAGUACCUCAAGCUAAGAUUUCUCACUGGAAAGAGGAUUAUCACUACUAUCAAGAUACGGACGGCUUCGAGUACAAGAUCCUGCUUGUACGCGUGGACAAUCCUCCCUUUGGCUCUGCAAAUGUAAGCUCUAACCGUACAAAAUGCUUAUGA